AUGGCGGCGCAAGCGGCUAUGAGCCGCCAGCCUUACCCGCCUAUGUCGAUUUAUCAAACACCGCAAUCGAACUCUCCGUCGUCAAUGCACUCACCACAGACUGAUGCUCAUGGCCGUCCAUUAUACCAAAUGGCGCCCAUGGCGCAGCAGAUGUACUAUCAACCUUAUCCAAUGGCACAGCAACAGUCCCCUUAUGCGCAACACCAGCCGACCGGCCACCACCCCUCCAUCACAUCAGCGCCGGGCAUGUUGAUCUCACAUCAACAGCAUCAACACUCGGUGCCCCAGCCGCCUCAACAUCAGCCCACUAACGUACAGCCGACUUCCAUGAUCGAUUCCAAGCCACAGCCAUCUCAGCUACAACGGCCGGAGUCCGUCGUGAACGCACCGCAAGGAACACCUCAGACACCGGCAGGUCCAGCACCUGGUCCAAUACCGGCCACAACACCUCUUGUCGUACGCCAAGACAACAAUGGUGUGCAAUGGAUAGCCUUCGAAUACUCACGAGAUCGCGUCAAGAUGGAGUACACUAUCCGGUGCGACGUUGAAUCCGUCAGUGUCGAUGAGUUACCUCAGGAUUUCAAGUCGAGCAACUGCGUAUAUCCACGCGCAUGUUGCGGCAAGGACCAGUACAAAGGGAACCGCUUACACUAUGAAAGCGAAUGCAAUGCAGUGGGAUGGGCGCUCGCGCAGCUCAAUCCUGUGCUGAGGGAGAAACGAGGUCUGAUCCAGAGAGCAGUCGAUAGCUGGCGAAACAGCAAUCAAGAUCAACGACUACGAAGUCGGAGAGUACGACGAAUGGCGAAGAUACACAACAGAAAGACGACCAGUGCGCCGUCAAGCGCAGCUACAUUACCACCGACUCCACAGGGUCCUGCAAACGCAGGGCUACCACCACAAGGCGGAAAUGAAUACAACGGUAAUAGUUCGGUGGCACACCAUCAUCAGGCUCCGCCACCGAAUGAAUCAGCGGAUCUACAGUCGCCUACUUCGGCCCGCUACGCUCAAAGCUUCUACCCUGAGUACCCUGCGCCGCCAGGUCCAGGUGCUUCGUCGAUGCCAUCGUUACACGAUGCAAUGGACCCGAUGCACCGCCAUGCUGGUUCUCUCACGACUGCAGCGAGCGCAUCCUCCAUGAAAGAUGAGGCCGAGGACUCGAAGCGUGCAUUGUUUGGCGACGUGCCGGAAUCGAAACGACGCAAAUUCAUUCUUGUCGAGGAUCCGCAGCGCGAUACUCGAGUCAGAGUACGUGUCAUGCUUGACCAGGUCAAGAUGGAUGACAUGCCGGAUCAGCAUUUACGAAUCAACUCCGUGUACCCUCGGUCGUACUUUCCACGACAGAUGCGCUCACCGCCAGGAACACCACAUCAGAGCAGAAGAUGGGAUGACGAAGAUGAUUUGGAAGAGGGUGUGUCAGGGACUGCUCCAACGAUAGGGAAAUCCAUGGUGCCUGUGAAUCUGAUGGACGGGAGUGAGGCCAAGCUGCCGGUGCCGAGGAUGACGAAGUCGAAGAGAGUGAAGGAGGUUGCUCUGAACGAGCUCGGGUACCUGGACGCUUACAGGAACAAGACGCGCAGUACCAUGGUUGCUGAUGGCCAGGACGUAUCGUCCAUAGCUCCGCACUUCGAGACUCGACCUGGAAAGAGGAGGUGGCUUGAGAAGCCUGCCCGCGUCCAUCAAGCCGAUGCCACGGACGAUUGA